AUGACGAAUCGAGAAUGUCGCCUUUUCCGGUUCCUGGCUUCCAAGACGACCAAGAAGGGCCGCUGCACCAACUGCGCCCGCUGCGUGCCCAAGGACGAGGCCAUCAAGAAGUUCGUCAUCUGCAACAUCGCGGAAGCUGUGGCUGUCGGGGGCAUCUCCAAGGGCCGCGUCUUCGACUCCUACGUGCUGCCCAAACUGUGUGUGAAACUGCAUUACAGUGUGAGCUGCGCGAUCCACAGCAAGGUAGCGAGGAAUCGGUCCCGUGAGGCACGAAAGGAUCGGACACCCCCAUCCCGCUUCAGACCUGCUGGCGCUGCCCCCAGACCCCCUCCAAAGCCUAUGUAA